GCUGGAUAAACGAGCAGCUUACGCACACAAGUUGUUAGCUGUCAGGUCUUUCGGACCUGUUGUUUUUGUUAGGCUGUGGACGUUUUUAAAAAAAAAAAAAAAUGAAUUUGACUGCGUCGGCUCAAAACUGCGCCACUGACUGCGACUGUUUUCCUUUAAAGUAAACUCUAGAGACGUACCGCACUUCCCCUCUUCUUCCGCGCCUCUCUCCGCCGGCUCGGGGUGUCUCAAUGGCGGAGCGGACAGAAGCAGCCCCGGGGAGCGUGAAGGGGGAGAAGACGGACCGCAUCAACGACACAGAGCUGGCACUGGAGGGAAUCAAUAUGCUCCUCAACAACGGAUUCAAGGAGAGUGAUGAGCUCUUCAGGGCGUACAGGAAUCACAGUCCUUUAAUGAGUUUCGGGGCCAGCUUUGUGAGUUUCCUGAACGCCAUGAUGACGUUUGAAGAGGAGAAAAUGCAGAUGGCUUUUGAAGACCUCAAAGCUACAGAGAGACUGUGUGAGAGUGAAAACACAGGUGUCAUUGAAACCAUUAAGAACAAAAUCAAGAGGAGUAUGGACUCUCAGAGGUCAGGGUUGGCUGCAGUGGACCGACUCCAGAGGCAGAUCAUCAUUGCAGACUGCCAGGUUUACUUAGCCGUGCUGUCUUUCAUCAAACAAGAGCUGUCGUCCUACAUCAAAGGAGGCUGGAUCCUCCGUAAAGCCUGGAAGAUGUACAACAAAUGUUACAGCGACAUAACGCAUCUGCAGGAGGGCAGCAGAAGGAGAGCGUCUGAGCAGCCAGCAGCGCCUCCUUCUUCUCUCACAUCCUCCUCUGACCUGUCCUCCCACAGCCGCUCGUCCUCCCCGGGGCCGAGCCCGUCCCACAAGCUGGACGGCAUCAGCCCCGAGGCUCUGGACCGCCUUAAAGGUUCGGUCAGCUUUGGUUACGGCCUCUUCCACCUCUGCAUCUCGAUGGUGCCGCCACACCUGCUGAAGAUCGUCAACCUGCUGGGCUUCCCUGGCGACCGUCUUCAAGGCCUCUCGGCACUCAUGUACGCCAGUGAAAGUAAGGACAUGAAGGCACCCUUAGCUACCUUGGCACUCUUGUGGUACCACACGGUAGUGCAGCCCUUCUUUGCUCUAGAUGGCGCAGACACACAGGAAGGCCUGAUGGAAGCCAAAUCCAUUCUUCAACAGAGGGAAGCUAUCUAUCCAAACUCCUCUCUCUUCAGGUUUUUCAAAGGCAGAGUCCAACGCCUCGAGUGCCAGAUCAGCAGUGCCUUGACGUCUUUCCGCGAUGCCUUAGACCUGGCCUCUGACCAGAGGGAGAUUCAACAUGUGUGUCUAUAUGAAAUAGGUUGGUGCAGCAUGAUUGAGCUGAACUACAGAGAAGCCUACAGGGCCUUUGAGCGCCUGAAGACAGAGUCACGCUGGUCCCAGUGCUACUACGCCUACUUGACAGGAGUGUGCCAAGGAUCCACAGGUGACCUGGAGGGUGCUGCUUCUGUGUUUAAAGAUGUUCAAAGACUUUUCAAGCGCAAGAACAAUCAGAUCGAGCUGUUUUCCAUGAAAAGGGCUGAGAAGCUGAGGUGCCCCAGUCUGUCCAAAGAACUCUGCAUCCUCUCUGUGAUCGAGAUUCUUUAUCUGUGGAAAGCUCUGCCCAACUGCUCCACUGCCAAGCUGGAGACAAUGACACAAGUCCUGCAGGGGAUUGACGAUGCUUCGAGUGCAGGCCUAAAAAACCUGCUCCUUGGUGCUAUUCACAAAUGUCUCCAUAAAACCAAAGAUGCCAUUCAGUAUUUUCAUCUUGCUGCAAGGGAUGAGGUGGGUCGUCUGAGCAACUCGUACGUGCAGCCCUACUCCUGCUAUGAGCUGGGCUGUGUGCUGCUGAACACCCCAGAGUCUUCAGGGAAGGGCAGGAUGCUCAUGCUUCAGGCCAAGGAGGACUACGCUGGCUAUGACUUUGAGAACAGGCUCCAUGUUCGAAUUCAUUCUGCUCUCGCCUCUAUGAGGGCUGCAGCACAGCCUUGACAUUCUAUCUGCACCUCACACAGACCUGGAAGAGUCUUUUAAAAAGCCACAACACCAAUCAGGGCACUAAAGUUGCAUUGUUUAAUUUCUUGUAAUUUAUUUUCCGUUUCUGAGCCAAGGCAUCAUUUGAGAAUGUGUGCAAUAUGUACUGUAAAUGUUCUCCAGGAGGUUCUUUACAAGAGAUCUGUCUUGUUUCCGUUUACUGCACUGUACUGUAAAUGACUGAAUUGGGGUUCUUAUUGUUAACAUGGUUCAGUUCAAACUAGAUGCCAGCACACUCAGAUUAAGUUCAAAAGCAUCAGACAUAUUGCUUCCACAGAGGGACGAUUUUCCAGGUGAAGUAGAAAAUGGCACAUAUCAAGUAUUAACUGAAGAAGCAGCUCAGCUUGUGAAGUUAAGAAGCUGAUGUUCCGACCAUCUCAGUGUUUUGUUUUUUUUAAAUAUAUUUGCUGUAGAGGCUUUGCUUGUCCAUAGGCAAGAUCAAACCUUGAUUUUAUGGUUUAACAUAAUCUCUUUUUUAAGCAGAAUUGUUUAUGUCUUGCACAGGAGUUUUAGUAGUCAUGACAACAUCAUCUUGUACCACUCUUGAGUGGCCUAGUGCUACUCCUUGCUGUAAACUGGUUUUUCUAUUGUUUGUUCAAAGGUAAUAAAAUAAAUAUUGGAAAUUAGAA